CUCGUCGCAGAGCUGCUGUGGAACAGGGAGGAAUUAGGAAGAUGGAGAUCGUUGGUUGAGUAGUGUUCAGUUUGUUAUUUAUGUUUUUAAUUCGCCUGUGAUGCUUUCAGUGUAAUAUGUUAUUUGAAUUUACAAGUGCUGUAGUUGAUCAACAUCUGAUGGUUUCAGCAUGCCUCAGAAGCUGCUAAAGAGUGCCCAUUACAUAGAGCUGGGGAGCUAUCAGUACUGGCCAGUUCUAGUUCCAAGAGGGAUACGCUUGUACACAUACGAGCAGAUUCCUGUGUUCCUGAAAGAAAACCCCUACAUCACAGAUGGGUACAGGGCAUAUUUACCUUCUAGGCUGUGCUUAAAAAGUCUCUUCAUCCUGUCCAAUGAGACGGUGAAUAUCUGGAGUCAUCUCAUGGGCUUCUUCCUCUUUUUCACCCUGGGGGUCUAUGAUAUGUCAGCAGUGCUGCCUGCAGCCGGGGCCUCCAGGGAAGACUAUGUUAUCUACUCCAUCGGCCUCUUCUGCUUUCAGGUUUGCAUGCUUUGCUCAGUGGGGUAUCACCUGUUCUGCUGCCAUCGCUCAGAGAAAACAAGCCGCCGCUGGAUGGCAUUGGACUACGCCGGCAUCUCCAUAGGAAUCCUUGGCUGUUACGUUCCAGGGGUUUUCUACGCCUUUUAUUGUAAUGAUUACUGGCGGCAAGUGUACCUAAUCACAGUAUUGGCCAUGAUCCUAGCAGUCUUCUUUGCCCAGAUUCACCCCCAUUACCUCACCCAGCAGUGGCACAGACUGCGCUCUGUCAUCUUCUGCUCUGUUGCUGGCUAUGGAGUCAUACCAACCAUCCACUGGGUUUGGCUAAAUGGAGGCUUUAGUGCCCUUAUUGUCCAGGAGUUUGUCCCUCGUGUUCUUGUGAUGUAUCUGAUUGCUGCUGCGGCUUUUCUCUUCUACAUUUCCAAAGUCCCAGAAAGGUAUUUUCCAGGCCAGCUGAAUUACCUUGGAUCAAGUCAUCAAGUGUGGCACAUCCUGGUGGUGCUGAUGUUUUACUGGUGGCACCAGUCUGCAGUGUACAUCAUGAAGUACAGACACAGUCAGCCUUGCCCUGUGUACCCAAUGCACGCCUAACACUGGAAGGAACUCCCUGUGAACUGCAGAGUAUAAUAUUCCCAUGCAUUAAAGUGCCUGCUUUAGAUGGUCGUUAGUGCUGCACUGGCUUGUUUUUUUUAUUUUUUUAUCCCCAAUUAAACUGGGGUACUUCUAUGUUUCUACAAACUUCUGUACUGUUUUUCUGUGUGUUUUCAUUGUAAUUUUGCAUAGAUGUAUUUAAUGGUUAUUUAUUUGUUAUUUAUUAAUUAUAGUACAGUGGUCCUCUGCAUUUAUAAAAGCUGUUGUGCAACAUGUUUUACCAGGUGUCAUUUGUUUGUUAUCGGCAUUAAAUUAUGUAUUGUUA